AUGGCUCCAACAUUCACGAAUUCUAACGGUCAACCAAUUCCAGAACCAUUUGCCACUCAAAGAGUUGGUCAACACGGUCCAUUGUUGUUACAAGACUUUAACUUGAUUGAUUCAUUGGCUCAUUUUGACAGAGAAAGAAUCCCUGAAAGAGUUGUCCACGCUAAAGGUUCAGGUGCUUAUGGUGUUUUCGAAGUCACUGACGAUAUCACUGAUGUUUGUGCUGCUAAAUUUUUGGAUACUGUUGGUAAGAAAACUAGAGUUUUCACCAGAUUCUCCACUGUUGGUGGUGAAUUAGGUUCUGCUGAUACCGCUAGAGACCCAAGAGGUUUUGCUACCAAAUUUUACACUGAAGAAGGUAACUUGGAUUUGGUUUACAACAACACUCCAGUGUUUUUCAUCAGAGAUCCAUCUAAAUUCCCACAUUUCAUCCACACCCAAAAAAGAAAUCCAGAAACCCACUUGAAAGAUGCUAACAUGUUUUGGGAUUACUUGACUAGCAAUGAAGAAUCCAUUCAUCAAGUUAUGAUUUUGUUCUCCGACAGAGGUACUCCAGCUUCUUACAGAGAAAUGAAUGGUUACUCUGGUCACACCUACAAAUGGUCCAACAAAAAAGGUGAAUGGUUUUACGUUCAAGUUCAUUUCAUCAGUGAUCAAGGUAUUAAGACUUUGACCAAUGAAGAAGCAGGUGCUUUAGCUGGAUCUAACCCAGAUUACGCUCAAGAAGAUUUGUUCAAGAACAUUGCUGCUGGUAACUACCCAUCAUGGACUGCUUAUAUCCAAACCAUGACUGAAGCCGAAGCUAAAGAAGCUGACUUUUCUGUGUUUGAUUUGACCAAAGUUUGGCCACACAAGAAAUAUCCAUUGAGAAGAUUUGGUAAGUUUACUUUGAAUGAAAAUCCAAAGAAUUACUUUGCUGAAGUUGAACAAGCUGCUUUCUCUCCAGCCCAUACUGUUCCAUACAUGGAACCAUCUGCUGAUCCAGUCUUGCAAUCAAGAUUGUUCUCUUAUGCUGAUACACACAGACACAGAUUGGGUACCAACUACACUCAAAUCCCAGUGAAUUGUCCUGUCACCGGUGCUGUUUUCAACCCACACAUGAGAGACGGUGCUAUGACUGUUAAUGGUAAUUUGGGUAGCCAUCCAAACUACUUGGCUAGUGACAAGCCAGUUGAAUUUAAACAAUUCUCUCUCCAAGAAGACCAAGAAGUUUGGAAUGGUGCUGCCACUCCAUUCCACUGGAAAGCCACCCCAGCUGAUUUCAAACAAGCUCAAGAAUUAUGGAAAGUGUUGAAGAGAUAUCCAAACCAACAAGAACAUUUGGCCCAUAACAUUGCUGUUCAUGCUGCUGGUGCUGAUGCUGCAAUCCAAGACAGAGUGUUUGCAUACUUUGGUAAAGUCUCUCAAGAUUUGGCUAAUGCUAUCAAGAAGGAAGUUUUGGAAUUAUCUCCAAGAAAAUAA